AUGAUUAAAGAGCUUAAAUUUGAUAUCACUGCUCCUGAAGGAUCAGCAGUGAAACUCUUUCACGGUAAAGAAUACUACCAAAAUGGUGCUUAUAUAUUUUUUGAAGAGGUUCAAGCUCAAAAAUCUUUGUACAACCAGUCACUAUCCAUGUCUAAGCUGGAGAAAAAGAAAGGUCUUACCAGAAUUGAGAUUCCAAACAGAGAAGAAUACCCCUCCUACAUAAAACGUGAGUACGAGGAAGCUACUUCUUACACAAUAUAUUCAAAUGAAGAAGAUUUAAACGGAAAUAAAAGUUUCGUCAAAGUAUCUUAUCAUUACUCUGAAUGUGACUGGAAGAUUGAGGAUUAUAAGAUUUUAAAUGAAAGUGAAGAAAGCGAAAGCUUUGAAGAUGUCAAGCCUUGUGAUACCAAAGAUAAAUAUGUUUCAAGGAAGUUUCGUCCUGUUGUUGUGAUGUUUCUUUCAAAAACUCUAUACUCAAACCCGAAUAAUUAUAAGAAGGAGGGGACUGAACAAUCAACUAUUAUCUUCAGACCAGAGUCUUAG